UCGCUCUGGUUCCCGAGUAGUUGUUUGGUAAACGUCAAAGUCGUCCUCUUCUUCCCUAGUACAGGUGCACCUUCUUGAACAGACGAAAACCUUCGUGAUUAAUUCCACCCGUACUCUUAUUCACCUCGUAAAUCCUUCAUACAUGAUAGAGGAAGUCAACUAAAUCCACUACUGUUGCAGCACUGAAGAUUUAUGCCAGGAAUCCUAUUUAUCAUGGGCGGUACAUUCCCAAACAGACCUUUAUUGAGUGGCCACUUUAGAACAGUUUGCCUAAAGAAGAGACCGUGGAAUGAACGAUGGGUUCUAUUGCGAACCAAGAGUCGUAUCAAAUCUGAGAGUUUUGCCUUGGAGUUGCGCUCACCGAGCAUGGUAUCCUUUGAGGCAUCUGCAGAAACCUACGAUGUCUGGAGUCAUGUUGGGUCAGUAUGUGGAGGCAUGGGAGCUGUAUGGGUGGCGAGGCACAACCCAUCCAAUAGUCAUGUGGCUAUCAAAAUUUAUGAAUUGGAUAAAUGUGGAGAUGAAUUUGAAUUGAUUCAGCAUGAAAUCCGAACCGUAAAACAGCUGCAGCACAGAAAUAUAAUAAAUUAUUUAACAUCGUUCACAACCUCACAACAGCUGUGGAUUAUAAUGCCACUUUUAGGAUAUACUUCAGCUUCUCGACUUGUUGCAUCACAUUUUUCUGAGGGAUUACCAGAACCAGCUCUUGCUCUUAUGAUAAGAGAAGUUUUACAGGGUCUACAAUACCUCCAUUCAAGAGGUAUUAUUCACAGAGCAAUACGAGGGAGCCACAUCUUAAUAGAAGGAAAUGGACGUGUAGUUUUAAGUGGAUUACGGCACAGUAUAAGCACUACAGACAACAGAUGGAGAAAAAAUAUUCAUUCUUAUCCCCCUCAAGCAUGCUACAACCUUAACUGGGCUAGUCCUGAGUUGCUAGAGCAGGAUCUUUAUGGAUACAGUGAGAAGAGUGAUAUAUAUAGUGUAGGUAUUGUCGUAUGUGAAUUGGGUAAUGGAGAAGUUCCCUACAGAGGCAUACCGCCAACAUUGAUGCUUUUGGAAAAGUUAGAAGAUCGUGUUCCGUACCUGUAUGAUGCAUCAACAUGUCCACAAACAGGAGAAAAUGGUCAAGGUAUGGCAACUGAUUCAGGCGUUGGUGGAAGCGUGGGUGAUAAUCUUACAAAUCUGGCUGCUGCUCAACGUUUGUUUACACCUUCAGCACAUGAUAUAGUUUCAAAAACAUUAGCUCGACAUCCAGAGCAUCGCCCCUCUGCAGAAGAUUUACUUCAUCACCAGUUUGUUAGACAGAUUCGAAGGUUUCAUGGGUCACUACCACAGUUUCUCCAUCCAGUUGUACCUCUUACUCAGCAAACAGAAAUUGAGGAUUGUGUGCCUGAUUUGCUACAAGGAAGCUUAGAAAAAAUAGAUCUAAAUGACGAUGUUGAUUGGGACUUCUGAUUGUGAUUGGCAGCAAAAUUAGUUUAUCCAAAAUGGAUAAAGUAAAUCAACUGAAAACCAGCUGGCUUAUCUUGAAGGUUAUGAAGGUUUAUAAAAUAAUAUUCAGUUUCAAGUUACACUUUCAAUGUGCAGUAUUUACGUUUUGUUAUGGUGUGUUGAUUACGUUUAGCUCAUUUGUAAAUGUGAAAUAAUUUUAUGCAAUACUGAGAUCUUGCAGAUGCAUAUCCAUCAUAUUGAAUUUUUUAAGUCACAAUAUUUAUGUACUGUGAAAAAUACCAGCAUUUAUAUAUAUAUAAAAAAAGUGAGGUCCAAAGGUAUUUAUAUACUAGUCUAUUUUAUAUAAUUUUAUUUGUGGAUACACCAAUUGAAAGUUUGUACCCAAAAUACUGAAUAAAAACUUAACUCUCA